UCACGGGUUGUAGUUUAGGGGCGAGGAGGAAGGAGUUGUUUUUAGCUUCAGCGGUGGAUGAGAACAUGAAGUAGCCCCACACACAUUUGGGUGUUAUAAAGAUGGCGAGAAACAGAGAAUGCAUCCUCUGUGAAACAGUUUACUCCACCAAGCAGGAGAUGGAUGAGCACAUGAGAAGUAUGCUGCACCACCGUGAGCUGGAGAAGCUCAAAGGCCGGGACUGCGGACACGAGUGCAGAGUGUGCAAGGCGACGGUGGUGAGCCUCACCGACUACGCCAGCCACAUUUCCAGUGCCUCGCACAAGCAGAACGUGGAGGCCGCCGACAAAAGGCACCCGGGGAACGACCACGACGAACAGUACUUCGACCAGGCUCUGGUGGACCUGAUCGGGAAGAGGAAGGACCAGAUCAGAAAAGAAAAGAAUGCCGCCGCUGCAAAACUGGCAAAAGAAGAAGCCGACCGAAGGAGAAAGGAGGAGUUUCAGCAGAGGCUCAAAGAAACUAAGGAGCGCUACCGGAUGGAGUGUGCCUGGAAGCAGCAGUCACAGGGCUUCAGUGGAUCCGGUCACAACAGAACCUGGUACGGCGGCGACCAGUACGACGGCUACGCGGGGGGCGUACAGCCCUGGCAGCACGCCACGCAGGGGAAGAGCGCCACCUGGCACGCCCGGGAGCCUCCCAACUAUCAGAGAUGGCCACCGGGGGAGUUUGCUGGCACAAGCUUGCCUUGCCAAGAAGAUUUUAGCAAAAAGCGCUGCGAUCAGGGUUCGGUUUUUGGGAAUCAGCGCAGCCGGCUGCCGUGGCUCAGUAGCGCCGGCAGCAGCAACGGCGUCUACGGCCGAAACAAUAUUUCCCAGAGGAGCCGUCCUGUGAACUUUCUCGGGCCGUUUCCCCCGACGUCACACAAUUCUUUGGCCCAGGCUAAAGGUCAGCUGGGGGGUCAGCAAGGCGACGGGUCUCAGAAUGGUCGGGGCCAAACAGGAGAACCUGACCACAACAACACAAAGAGCUCUAAGACCUUUGGGAGCAAUCCAAAGCUGGACAAAGCCUGUCGCUGGUCACCCUAUCCGGUCACAAAGGGCUUUGAACCUGCAUUUCAAAAGGACACAAACCCAAACUCAUCGGAGCAGUACGCCAAAGUCCCCAAGUCCCAGACACAAGACAAGGUCCUGGAAACCAGCGCCGUUAACAGACCAUCCCGACCAGAACACAAACUGGAGCAGUUCUCCUCGAGUGGACAAAGUGCCGAAGAAAAAAAGAAGAAAACAAACCCUAAAACCAAAUCCAGGGACAGCAGCAGCAGCAACAACAACAACAGCAGCAACAGCAGCAACAGCAGCAACAGCAGCAGCAGCAACAGCAGCAACAGCAGCAACAGCAGCAACAGCAGCAGCAGCAACAGCAGCAGCAACAGCAGCAGCAGCAAUAGCAGCAGCAACAGCAGCAGCAACAGCAGCAGCAGCAGUGGUGCUCAGAGAGAUGCCCACCAGAACGCCUCAUCCGGCCCUUCCAAUCAGAAGGCAAAGCCGCCGGUGCCGCAUAAAAAUAACACGGCGUCCUCACUUCCUUUGCUCGACAGCGGAGCACAGCUCAGCAAGGCCUCGAGCCACGCGAGCGCACAACCAAAAACAACGGCCAGGCCGAGCGGACCGGGCCGGCAGGCUCCGCUCGCCGGGCCCCUUCAGUCCAGGCAAGAACGGCAGCCCCCGCAAACGCUGAAGAAAGCCCCGAAGGUCGCGUCUGAAAAGAGGGUCUCCUCGGACAGCGCCCGGAACAACAGGACGGAGGUGACGCUGCACAUCGCGGAGGACCAGCAGGGUGAGCAGAGGCCCACAGGAGCGAACCAAUUAAACGGGCAGGAUGCAGCUACCUGUCCGGCCCAGAAGCCCGCCUCGCACUCCUCAGACAGCAGCCAGUUCCUCCAAUCGCUGCAGGUCAGCACCUCUACCAUGGAGAGCUCAGAGCCUGCGGCGGAGGAGGAGGAGGAGGAGAAGGAAGAGGAGGAGGAGGAGGAGGAGGAGAGGAGGGCGGAGAAGGGAGCGGACGAAGCCUCGCCAGCCGGCAGCGGGCCGAGCUCGGAGAGCGACGCCUCCAGGAGCGGAGAAGCUCAGACGGACAGCAGAGAGGCAGCGGAGGAGCCGAGGCUCGACCCGCCUCCCGUCCUGAAACGCGACCUGACCAAACACAUCGGCUCCAAGGGCAAAGCCGGGGGCCACGAGCCCAACCUGAACAUCGCCAGGCGGGUGAGAAACCUGAGCGAGUCGCGGAGGAGCGACACGGAGAAGGACUCCGGCCUCAAGCCGACCGUGAGGCAGCUCCUCAGCGCCUCCGGGUCUCGGCGCAACGUGAACUGGGAUCAGGUGUACCAGGAGGUCAGGAAGAAGCAGGACAAGGGGAAAGGCAUGCCGAGGUUCGGCAUCGAGAUGGUCCCGAUGGACCAGGAGGACCAGAGCCAGGAGGAAUACCACAUUUCCCUGCUUGAGGGUUUCCAGUGGGAGUCGCUGGUGGCCACGCCCACCUCCCGAAAACGCUCCUUGUCGGAGAGCAGCGUCGCCCCGGGCUCCGCCCACUCCCUGUUCACGUCCCUCAUGACCAAGGAGACGGAGCAGAGGGACGGCUCAGAGACGCAGGGAUCCGUUCCUGCCGACCCGGCGUUGGCUCCAGGAAACAAAGACCACCGGCACGAGGUGAAGUCGGAGGCCAGAGCACAGAAGCAGCCGGACGAGCUGCCGUCUGUGAUGGCGAGGGCUCUGCGGGGGUCCGACUCGGUGCUCGGGGACAGCAGCUCCGGGACGGAGCUUUGCGAAGGUCAGGGAACCGGAAAGAGACGAAGAGCAGCCAAGGAAACUCCAAGUGCGGAGGCAUCUUGCUUGAACCACAGUAGCAAAAGAAGGAAAGUCAAAUCCAAAAAAGAGCGUCUGCAGAUCGACCAGCUGCUGACGGUGUCUCUGCGGGAGGAGGAGCUGAGCCGCGGCCUGCAGACGGUGGACAGCAGCCUGAUCCAGGCCCGGGCCGCUCUGGAGGCCGCCUACAUGGAGGUGCAGCGUCUCAUGGUGGUUAAACAGCAGAUGACCGGAGAGAUGAGCACACUGAGAAACAAGCGCAUUGAGUUACUUAAAGGAAUCCAAGGUAACGUGGAGGAAGCCCCUCAGCCCAAAGUGAAAGAAGAAAAGAUGGACUCAGCAGAAGCUGAACCUCACGCGCCGUCCUCCGUGCUGCUCUCCUCUGUCGCUGCUGCACCCGCUGCGCCCGCUGCACCCGGUCCGAGUCCUCUCACCGAGUCUGCCUCUCCUCCCUCCCCUCCCACCUCCAUCCUCCCCUUCUUGCCUUUAGUCAUCAAGCAGGAGCCUCAGUCUCCUGUUCAUGUGGACUUAGAGCCGGGCCCUGUGGACUAUAAAACCCACAGUGCUCACAGCACCACCCCAGAGCUGCUGCCCCCUCCUCCUGCAGCUUCUUCACCAGAUCCCGGCCCCAACUUUCAGCUAUCACUUGAAACAAAGCAGACGUACACAGAACAAAGCUGGAAGAACUUCGACGACCCUGCAGACUGCAAAGAGAGCUUAUCGGGUCUGGUCCAGACAACAGAAAAGGUCGCCUCUUUUCCCAGCUCCAAAACCCCCUUCAACCUCCCCCCGGCCAGCAGGAGGAGCUCUGAGGCGCCCUCUGCUGUGGACUGUGCAGCCACGCAGGCCUUCGCGCCCCCCUCGGCCCUCCACCCGCCCGCCUCCCCGUCCGACCCGAGGGGCGGAAAGCGCGUCAGGAAGCUGAAGAAGAGGAAGGUGCUGAAGAAGGUGGAGCAGCCCGAGAGCAGCGACACGGAGGUGGACGGCGACGCCUCGAGGCCGAGGUGGCUGCGGCCGCGCAGGAGGCCGAGCGGCAGCUCCGUGGUCAGCACCUCCACGCCGCCGUCAGAGGGCCGGGGGGGCGACGCCGAGGAGGCCUGCGGGCAGCUGUUCAUGGCCGUCAAACUCAAGCGGGUCGACAGGUCCCCCGGACACAGGGGGGCUCAACCCACGCCGCACUUGGAUUCAGAAGAAAGCAUGGAGGUCACCGCCGCCCCCCCGGUUCAGGUCCCAGACUCCUCCACGCCGGAGCCGCGGAGCCUGGCCUGCAACGAGGUCACCUCCACCAGUGACAUGGAGGUGUGCCGGUCCUCCGAGAGCGACCUGCCGCUUCCCACCACGUUGGCCAAGAUCUCCUCAGACGCGUCCUCUGACCACGGCGAGGACGAUCUGCUCACCGAGGGCACGUUCGAAGGCCACCAGGAGGCGGUGAACGCCAUGCAGGUCUACAACGGGCUGCUGUACACGUGCUCCGGAGACCGCACCAUCAAAGCCUUCGACCUGGUGAGUCACAAAUGCGUCGGCGUGUUCGAGGGCCACAGAUCCAAGGUGAGCUGCCUGCUGGUGUCGGCGGCCGUCAGCCUGCAUCACCGCCUCUACUCGGGCUCCAGUGACCAGAGCAUCUGCUGCUACAGCCUCAAGACACAGGAGCUGGAGCAGCAGUUCUUUCUGCCGGACCGAGUCCUCUGCCUCCACAACCGAUGGAAGACCUUAUACGCCGGACUGGCCAACGGCACGGUGGUGACCUUUAACCUCAAGACCAACAAGGAGGCGGAGGUGUUCGAUUGCCACGGCCCGCGGGCCGUGAGCUGCCUGGCCUCGUCGCAGGAGGGGGCCCGCAAGAUCCUGCUGGUGGGCUCCUACGACAGCACCAUCAGCGUGAGGGACGCCAAGAGCGGCCUGCUGCUGCGCACGCUGCAGGGCCACAGCAAGGCGGUGCUGUGCAUGAAGGUGGCCAAUGACCUGGUGUUCAGCGGCUCCAGUGACCAAUGUGUCUACGCGCACAACAUCCACACCGGAGAGCUGGUGCGCGUCUACAAGGGCCACAGCCACGCCGUCACCGUGGUGUCCAUCCUGGGGAAGGUGAUGGUCACGGCUUGUCUGGACAAACUGGUGCGCGUCUACGACCUCCAGUCUCACAGCCAGCUGCAGGUCUACGGUGGACACAAGGACAUGGUGAUGUGCAUGGCUGUUCACAAGAACAUGAUCUACAGCGGUUGCUAUGACGGCAGCGUGCAGGCCGUCAAGCUGAACGUGAUGCAGAACUACCGCUGCCGGUGGCUCGGCUGCUCGCUGGUGUUCGGGAGGGUGGAGCACCUGCAGCACCACCUGGUCGGCCACCACCCCCCCCCCGCCGGCAGCUCCCAGCUGAUCAAGUGCCGCUGGAAAAACUGCGAGGAGGUUUUCUGUGAGCGCAGCCGCUCCAAACAGCGCAUACUGGUGAACACGCACAUGCAGAAACACGCCGAGGAGGAGGAGGAGGAGGAGACGGAACUGGAGCCUUGAAGUGCUGCUCCCCCCUGCUUUGUCUAACCUCCCAUAUUGGGGGGGGGCUGUCUUUGGGACCCACCGCACGUCGCUCCUGUCGAAGCUGGCGAGUGGCGUUUGAUGACUCCAUCCUUUAUGUUCGGUGUUGGAAUCCAACCAAUAACACGAUGGCGAGAGGAGGGUGGGCGGAGCCGUUUGUCCUUUCACGCUGCAAAACAAACGCGCCUCUCUGACCACUCAAAGUUUCUCUUUGCACUGACCAAAGUAAUCAAAGAAACACGUGACUUUUAUUUAUUGAAGAAAGCUCAGCGGUGCCGGUAUCCGAGGGGACUGUGGUGCUUUGGAUGGAUAUGGCAUGGGCUCAGAUGUUUUAUUGUUGUAGUGCGUGGUCAUGUGGUGCAGCCUGUUAUUGUUCUUUUAAGUGGACGUCACUCGCUCUCAUUAACCUCGUUUAGGAGUGACUUACAGUUCAGUGCCAUCGUUUUAUUUUUAUUCUUAUUAAGUGACACAAAUUCAUUUUUCACUUUCUAACAAACAUCUUUUAGUUGUUUUUUUAGCGGUUUUAACGUUUCUUUUUUGAACGUCGCUCAGUGAAAUCAAGGCAUCGAGGGACUUUGGUUGUUGAACAUUUGCAGUGAGAUUGGAGCUUAGACGUGUGGGUUUUUUUCUUUGUGGGUUUAUCCGUCUGAACCGUUUUUUUCUAGUGUGGCAGGCUGUUAAAUAAACAAUUUGCUUCUUAGAGAUCUUUUUGGGGGUCAUUUAUUUUAGAAUCGGAGCGACAGAAGCAGAGUUUUCCGCGGUGAAGGUGGUUUUCUCAUGAAGUGCGGAGGCAAAGGACGUCUGGAGGAGGUGUAGAUGGAGGAGCUUGAAGGGAAGAAUUAGGAUUCAUCUCCCAUGCCAUACCUCGCCCCCCUAAAAACAGACCGGUCGGCAACACCAGGCCACAUCUGGGGGGGUCGGUUUCCAGCUGUGACGCGUGGAGCCGACGUUUCUCACAUCUUCCAAACUCACUUUGUCCUCCCGUUCCUCCCGUCUGAGGGAAGCGUGCAGUCCGCCUCUUACCUGGCAUCCUGGCUUUCUUCAACUUGUUGUGAAGAGAUGUUUUUUUAAGAAAGUGCAAUCUGAGACACGUUAAUAAUAACAAAAAUAAAAAAUGGUGCAACAUCA